AUGAUCUCAAUUACUGAUUUCUCGAAUGUAAGAGUUAUAUGUUUCGAUGUGGAUUCUACGGUUUGUCCAGAUGAAGGUGUCGAUGUACUUGCUGAAUUCUGCAAUAAGGGUGAACUAAUGCAGAUUACUCCUUUUAGAACAGCUCAAGCCAUGGAUGGAAGAUUAGACUUUACAGAAUCUCUUGAUCAACGUUUGAAGGUCCUUAAUCUUACAAAAGAUCUAAUUCAACAAUUUUUGGAUGAAACUCCACUAAAGCUAACACCUGGCAUUGAAAAACUCAUUUCUAUUUUACGAAAAAAUGAAAUCGAGAUCUACCUUAUCAGUGGUGGAAUUCAUGAACUUGUUGAUCGAGUCGCCAAGCAAUUAUCAGUUCCUGACACUCACGUAUUCGCAAACCGACUGAUAUACAACAAUGACGGUUUAGUAAUAGACUUUGAUCGUAAUCAACCUACUUCUCGUUCAAACGGGAAAAGUGAAGUUGUGGCACAAAUAAAGUUGAAACUUUCUUUGAAUGAAGGGGUACUUAUGGUUGGUGAUGGAGCCACAGAUGCAGCUGCUUCUCCUCCCGCAGACGCUUUCAUCGGCUUCGGUGGUGUCGUUGUACGACCCUCUAUUCAAAAAUCCACACCUUUCUACUUUUACUCUUUCGAUGAGAUGCUUGAAUUCUUCAUUCGCUCUGGUUUGAUUCGAAUAAUGUGA